AUGGCGGCGGUCGGUCUACACCGUGUGACGACGGCGGCUUGGAUUGAUGGAGGUCAAGUCCUAGAUAUGCGGCACCCUGACAACAGAGAGAACUUCGUACCCCUUAUUCCUGGGAGUCUGUUUAUCAACAAUAAAAUAAAUUUCCGCAAGUCGGACAAGUAUGCUUUGUUAAUCGAAAAUGCAAGAAGCGUAAAAGACAUAAGAAUAAAAGAAAAAAUAAAGUCUGAUCAUGCUGGAAACUAUGAAGAUGAGUUGUGUGAUUUUGAUUUAUCAAAUAACAGGCUAGAUCGCAAUCCAAGGGGGUUAUGUCCAUUCUAUUCAAUUGGAGGAGUGUAUUUUGCCAAGUUGCUUAAUCAGUUCUUGGCCGGAAACUGGAGAAGCUUUGCAGGAAACUGGAGAAGCUUUGCAGGCCAGAACUAUUUCGACUCUAACGGGUUAUUUCUCUCUGUACUAUGGUCUGGGCCGCUAUUGGUGAUCGCGAUUCUAAUCCUUAUUAGUGAUUGGCCUUUCUUUUAUGUGAACACUUUGUUUUCACUGUGUUAUCUGAUUGUACGAUGGAAAAGGGCUGAGCUCAGGCAUCGUGCAAGAACAGCUCAUAGUAAAGAGGAGUGA